AUGGAAUUCUCAUUAAUAAAGACAUGUAGCAUAACAGGAUUGUUUUUAUAUUUUUUGAUAGGUAAAUUAUGUUUAAUGUGUGUUUGGCCAACUAAAAUUGAAGAAAGUAAUUAUUAUUGAAUUAAUAAUAGAACAAUUUUUCUUUGUUAUAUCAUUAUAUGUAGUACAUUUGAUCACAUACAUAAUUGUAAAUGCAUUUUACUUUAUUUGUUAUGAAAGCAAGAGUAAAUACAUAAGUUAAGCAAAAAUUGAAUAAGUAUAAAUAGAUAAUGAAUUAGAAACCAUGGCCAUGGGAUGGAAAGGAUUCUAAGGUAUGGAACUAGAUGAAGAGUCUAUUUUGGAAGAAUGUUUUUAUUAAUCAAUUUAUAAUGAUCGGAGUAGCAUAUGGAUCUAGUUGUAUAAAAUUAGAUACUCGUUUUGAUUAAAGUUUUCCAACUGUAUUUGAAAUAAGUUGGUAAAUAUUAGUAUUUGGUGUGAUAGAAGAUGUAUUAUUUUAUUUCAGUCAUCGAUUAUUGCAUACUCCAUAUUUUUAUGGAAAAGUGCAUAAAGUACAUCAUAUUUAUAAUAUAACAGGUAAAUUUAUAUUAAAUUCUAUGAAAAGUAUCUUGGUCAGCAGAAUUUGCACAUCCUUUAGAAUAUAUAUUAGGCAAUCUAAUUCCAGUAAUUGCAGGUCCAAUAUUGUUAGGAUCUUAGACUCAUAUGAUUACAAUUCUUGUAUUUGUUGGAUUGGCUACUCACAAAACGCUUUCGGAUCAUUCAGGCUUCAAUUUUGUAUGGGAUGUGUACUAAUAUUUACCUUUAACAACUCAUUCUGAAUUCCAUUCAAAACAUCAUAGUUUGAAUACUGGAAAUUACUCAUCUACAUUUACUUAUUUAGAUGAUCUUUUAGGAACAACCAUUAAGAAAUGA